GAUUAGCACACAAACCAAAUAGGCUGCUGGUUCUCAUAGUGCACCCUGCCAGUCACAAGAAAGCUGCCCUUUUGUCUUCAUAACAGCUGAAAGCAAAUUAAUUGAGAAAAGGACCUUUAUUUAAAAGAGCAACUCGGCAGAAGACAAUGAGAUCAAAUAAUAGCAUCCAAGCAGCAAUUGAUCUUACAGCAGGAGCCGCAGGUGGGACAGCAUGUGUGCUAACAGGUCAGCCCUUCGACACAGCCAAGGUGAAGAUGCAGACGUUCCCCACCAUGUACAGGGGACUCAUAGAAUGUGCCGUGAAGACUUACAAACAAAUGGGCCUCCGGGGGUUCUACAAAGGCACCAGCCCAGCGCUUCUGGCAAAUAUAGCUGAGAAUUCGGUGCUUUUCAUGAGCUAUGGAUUUUGCCAAAAAGCUGUUAGGAGGAUUGUAGGCUUGGACAAGAAUGCAGAACUGAAUGAUUUGCACAAUGCUACUGCAGGCUCAUUUGCUGCUGCCUUUGCCGCACUGGCUCUUUGUCCUACAGAGUUGGUGAAAUGUCGCCUACAGGCCAUGCAUGAAAUGACGUUGUCAGGCAAGGUGAAAGAAGGACAGAACACGGUGUGGUCAGUGGUAAAAAGCAUCCUUCGCACUGAUGGUCCAAUGGGAUUGUACCAUGGCCUGUCCAGCACAUUGCUUCGAGAGGUCCCUGGAUACUUCUUUUUCUUUGGUGGCUAUGAACUGAGUCGCUCCUUUUUUGUAACUGAAGGAAAAACAAAAGAUGACAUAGGCAUCGUACCUCUCAUUAUUAGUGGGGGGGUUGGAGGAAUCUCUCUCUGGCUAGUGGUAUUUCCAGUUGACUGUGUUAAAUCCAGAAUCCAAGUCCUUUCCAUGACAGGAAAGCAGGCAGGCUUCCUCAGUACUUUUGGACGGAUUUUGAGGAAUGAAGGAGUAUUGGCUCUGUACUCUGGACUGAAACCCACCCUAAUCCGAGCUUUCCCUGCCAACGGAGCUCUGUUUGUAGCCUACGAAUACAGCCGGAAAGUGAUGAUGAAACAGUUUGAUGCGUAAUCAUGGUCCAAUGACCUACAUUGAGAAAGCUGCACAUGAUUGAAGAUCAAACAAACCGGGAGAAAUUGUCAUCAGGAAAAGGACAAAGGUCCCUGUGUAUAUGCCCAAUCUCUGUGAUCCAGUGUCAGGCUGCAUUGUUUAGAUGAAGACUGAACACAAAAACAGAAUGUCCAACCGGUCACUAUUAAUGAAACACAAGUUGUUCAUUUUAUGAAAGAGCAUGUUGCAAACUAUAAUGCUCUCAGCAUUAAGUCCAAUAAGUCACAUAGAACUGACCAUCUGCUAUGGGGCCAACGUUAUAGGUAUCCCCCCCAGCCUUCAGAAAUAGUAAUAUGAGUAAUAUUAUAUAUGUAGGCAUUUUAUGUUACACUUUCAUAUAAAACAACUAAUAUAUUUA